GUCAGAGUCGCAGAUCUUGCUGCUAAAGAUAGCAUAGUUGCCACUGAAGCAGCUGAUGACCUUGACUAUGACUACUACCUAAUUAAAGUGACAAGUGAUGGUGUGGUGGAAUUAGAUGAGCCUAUGACCGAUGACUAUGGGUGCACCAUCUUCAGAGGAUCUUCAGGGCGUAAGAGAUACUUUUUUGUUAGGGAAAAUGUUAUAGAUAUGACUUAUAAACUAGACAAGAACAAAACAGCAUUUGUGCUUGCUGGUACUGUGCGGUAG